AUGUUCCAGGAAGAGGAUUUCCAGCUCUUAAAUUUUGGAGGACUUCCCAGGAGCGAAAGGAAAGACCUGGGUAAAGAGUUACAAAAGGAAUUUCACAGGAGGAUAGAAAACUUCCCGACAUCUCUGAAUGCAAACUUCAGUCGUUCCGUGUUGGAUUUCCAGAAGAUAGAGCCCUCGUACUUUUUAACGAACGACUUGAGUAGGGGAACCGCGGGGGAAGGAGGGGAGGGAGGAGCGCGUGAAGAAAUCAGCUUCGAGAAAGAAGUGAACGAGGAAAGAGAACACAAAAAAAUAAUCACCCUCUUCGACUUGACGGAGGAACAGAAAGAAAAAGUAAACCACUUCAAAAUAAAGAAGGUUUUACAGAAUGAAGUUUAUUUGAAAAAAAAUAAAAUUUUAAAAUACCUCAUUCACAUUUUUGUGUGCGACCUGCUCAGGGAGAAGCCGGAUGACAUCUAUGAAUUCGCAGCCUCCUACUUCACGCACCCUCAGUUGCGCCAGAACAUCGCGCAACGUCUGCGGGGCAUGCUUGGUGGGGCCUGA